CGGAAACACCGCUACGUACACAUCGCAGGCGGUGGUCACACGUGGAUACAUAAGUUUAUCAGAGUAAUGUUGUGUUGCCAAGUUAAUUAGGAAACAUGUCGAGGAGGCAGAAAGCUAUGACAGAAGAAAAGACCGCUUCUGAAGCGGGACACGCGGAGAAGGAGGAGGAGGUCCAGGAUCCGCCGCCGCCGGAGACCAGACGGACCCGCAGCGGCCGCAGAGUGCGCACUCCGGCCGCACUGCUAGACUCUGAAGCCCCGGUUAGGACUCCCAGCCGGAGAACCAGGAGGUCUGUGCUCCAGGAGCUGCCCGUGGUGGAGGAGAAGAACACGGAGCAGAAACCAGAGAGCCUGGCCGAGGAGGAGUCCAGCGUGUCCGCCGAACCGGAGCCGUGUACCGUGUCUGAGCCAGCAGGCCAGGCCGAAGUUACCGGCAGUGAAGACGGUCAUCUGUCCGAACCCGCACCGACAGAAACGGCCCCCACGAGUUCAGAGACCGUCCCAGAGAAGAAGCCUCGUCUCGCUCCAAGUGCGAUCCAAAAUCCGGUCAUUCCGCUGGGAAAACCGAAAUCUGGAAGAGUGUGGAAGGACCGUAACAAGCAGAGGUUCUCUGCGUUGGUAAGAGAUAAGCCGUUGUGCUCCUCUUGGGAAAAGAAGAUGGAGGCCAAGCGAGAGAAGGAGCUGGUGAAACAGUUUGCUUUGCAGCUCAAAGAGGAAAAAGCCAAACAGAAAGAGGAAAAGAGGAAAAGGAGAGAAGACAACUUGAAACGGCGCGCUGAGAAUGAACGCAAAGCAGAGAUUGUGCAAGUGAUCCGGAAUACAGCAAAGAUCAAGAGGAUGAAGAAGAAACAACUCAGGAAAAUAGAGAAGAGAGACACACUGGCUCUACUGCAGAAGUCACAGAAGCAGAACGUAAAAGCCAAAGGGCAGAAAACCAACAAGGCCGACAAAGAUUUAACAUAGAGACUGAGAUAAUAAAAAUAUAUCUGUUCAGUAAUUUGCCUAAAUGUCUUAUAUUUCAAUGUCUGAAAUACAACAAACAUGAUCAGACUCGUUUCUCUGAGAGGACUAAUUCAGACUUUAACCCUAGAAAGUUUUUCUAAAUAUAGAAGUAGUAUUAAAAAUAAUAAAAGUAAAUAAGUGCAACAUUCUGCACAAAAGCUUUUAUUUCUUGUCAGGUGAGCACUAAGGCCAUCACCUAUGAACAUUUAAGAUUCUGAUUUUUUUGUUAUUAAUUUCCCUGGUGCCCUGUUAUGUUAUCUUAAAAGAGCCCCUCGGUCAGUAAAACAUCACAUAUGUCCAACUCUGUUUCACCUACACAAUUUUAUAUUAAAUAAACUUUGAAUUUCUACCUUUCAUCAAACUGUCACAGUAAAU